UACCAAAACCAAAGAGACUUGGACAAUUCCAUCCAAACUCAACGAUUGGCUUUCAAGAUUCACUAGAAUCCAUCAGGAGACCACUCAGGACAUAUCCUGCUUGACUUCCACUCAAUACCAACCACUCCUGCUGCCCCCAUUCUGCCGCGGCCCCUUUGUGACCUCCCCAGCAUUGCUGGUCCUGACGUCUUCACUCGUCGAACGUCACGGUCUCCCCGGAAGCUACCAGCGUCAGCUUGUACUUCAACGCAAUGGCGUACUCGUACCACCAGUACCACGAGGCGCAGGCGUACCCCCAUGAUUACCAGUAUGACCACCGGCAACCAAUACACAGCUCAACUCGAGAGCGCCCACGAACCUUGGACACUCGUCCGCAUGCCCCUCGCUGGGUGCAGCACGGGUUUUCCCACGACACUGGAGCGUACAUGUAUGACGCCGGCUCGUAUCGGGAGGACGACCCGUACCGGAUCCCGAGGCAAACACAGUACUACUACUCCACCGAAGAAGGUCGACGAUAUGAGCAUUCAUCUAGGAGGGAUAACGAGCACCGAAGCGAAGCUUCCUCGAGCAGCAGGAGAUCCGACAAGAGGGAUGCAGGCAGCUCCAGGUCGACCGCAAGUGGGAGCAGCAAACGAUCAUCGAAGAGCUCGGCACCACGAUCGUCAACGCUGCUAACUCCACCAGAUACCCCGGAAAUCGGCAGGUUAUCAACUCCAGAGCUUGCACCAUUAAGCGCAGGUCUGCGCUUCUGCGACUGCGGGUGCAGUGACGGGUAUCAUGAGGAAGAGGAAAGGUACCUCAAGGGGAGAGCAGCAAUGGACUCAAAGCUGCAAUAUGCAGCCGAAUACAUGGCUACACGAGGCCAUGACCGGUCGAGCGGGAGGAGAUGAGAUUGAGAGGCCUUUGUCGGAGGCAUCCAUUUGCCAAUGCAAGUGGACAAAGUCGGGAGGGUUUUUUUUUUCUUGUCCUCUGUCAUUUGCUGUUUUUGGGCCGGCGUUGUGGGGUAAAUUUUGGGUGAUGCAAGCGGGCAAGGCGUUCAGGCGUUUCUUUGAUCUCACCAGGCGACAGCUGGUUGGUCCAGAGAUUGACCACCUAUAGACAUUGGUUGCCUUUUUUUUUUUUUUUUUAUCUGCCACUUUGAUUUUUUCCCAAAGUGUUGCUGUCUGUACAAUAAAAGGAGCUAUUGAAGCCUCCAAAUAAUCUGUAAAAAUCAUUGUUGUUGCAGUUUGAGCC